UUCCGUGGUGUGCAGUUUUGGAAAACAAACAGGAGAGGAAGCGAGAGGCAGCAGGCUCGUGCUGGCUCACGUCUCCCUCGGGAAAUUUUUAUAUGAUUUAUAUUUAACUUUUGUAGCAAAUAACCAUCGUAUUUAUGAGAACGUUUUAGUAUUUUAAUACGCUGGUUUUGACAUUUUCUAUCAACCUGGCAAAAAUUGGGAGUAGCUUGCUAGCUUGUCAGCACUGGAAACACGAUUUCUCCUCCUCGAAAAGACCUGAAUAAGAUAAUUAAACCAAGUAGAAAAAUAUUUAUAUAUUUAACUUAUCGCACUGAUAACUGGAGUACUGUCUUCCAUGUGUUUUAUAUCGGGUUUUUGCUGCUGUCAAUGUUAAACGCUGUAGAGAGCAUAGCUAGCGAUAAGGUGAACGACAGCCAGGCUCAGGAAAGAAUGACGGCUGUUCAGCUGAUAAAUAUCCAGCGACUAUUGGAAGCCGCGGAAUACCUCGAAAGAAGAGAAAGAGAGUGUGAACACGGAUAUGCUUCGACGUUUCCUUCAAAUCAGGACACAAACUACCAGAGGCAAAGGAAAUUCCGAAAUAAGAAGUUCAGCAGUAACCACAAUAGGUCCACACACAAUGAGCUGGAAAAGAAUAGACGAGCUCACCUGCGGCUGUGUCUGGAGCGCUUGAAGGCCCUCAUCCCACUUGGACCGGACUGUAGCCGCCAUACCACACUGGGCCUACUCAACAAAGCCAAAGCACAUAUUAAGAAACUUGAAGAAACAGACAGGAAGAGCCAGUACCAGCUGGAGUCUCUGGAGCGUGAGCAGAGGCAUCUCCAACGGCAACUGGAGCUGCUGCGAGGAGGCGGAGGUGUAACCUUGGAGGGCGAGAGGAUACGCAUGGACAGCGUGGGUUCCACCCUUGGCUCCGAGCGCUCCGACUCUGACCAAGAGGAGAUUGAGGUGGACGUGGAGAGCACCGAGUUCUCCCACGGAGAGCUGGACAGUCUGAGUACAGCCAGCACCAGUGACCUGGAUGACCACAGCAGCCUGCAGAGCAUGGCCAGCGAUGAGGGAUACUCCUCCUGCAGUGUCAAACUUGCCUUCUCCUCCUAGAAGCCACACACAACCGCCACCGCCGCAAACACCUCCUGCUCCCUGCCCUCCCAUCUGGUGUAACCGUGCACCCAUCCAGCUGUGCCCAAAGGCCUCUGUUUACCAUCACCAUGAAACUGAAGACCAAGUUAAAGCGGAACCCAGAAUCUAGAACAAGGGCUUUGAAACUUCUUGAAGACAUGUUUUUAAUGAUCAAUUCACAAUCUGACAACAGGUUGAACUUAUUUCAUGAACAAUUUGAAAUACAAAUUCCCCUAACUCACCGAAUACAUACAGACAGCUUACAAAACGUAACGUACCUGUGUAGUUGAAUACAUUUGUUAUCAGUUUCCCACAAAUGUAAUUGAUUUUAUUUUUACUAUUUCAUUUUUCAUCCCAGUGACACGACUUAAUUAAUUCAAGCAUAUUAUCUUACGCCCGAGGUAAUCCUCGUCCUCUGAUUGGUUGUUUGGAAUUGAAUUACUUACUGUCUACAUUUUACAAUGUUAUCAUCGUCCGUGCAAUAUGGAACAAUUUACUGUCGCAGUGUGAAAAAGCUUUUAGAAUACUGGGACGACGCUGCUUGAAUUUGCAGCUAGCAGUGCAGUAGCAUCUAUUUAGCAAGCUAGCUUUAGCAAGCUUUUUAUUUUCAGGUGUCACAUAAAACAAAUAAUUAAUGUCUUAGUUUCAAAGCCCCUGUUCUAGGACACCUACAACCUGGUUUUAAGAGUUGUUAAACUCACACAUACCACCUCAAAUAUGACCCAAAAUGCACUUAAAGUCUAUUCAAUGUUGAAGCGGCUCCUUUCUGGAAAGCACACGGCGCGGCGACAUCACCCGAAGACGCCAUCUCCUCUUGGACACUUGACUCGGUGCUAUCGUGCGACUCCUCCAUCAGCUUCUAAAGCAAAUGCGUCCGCUUCCACACGCUAGCACGGACCAAAACGACACAAAAGUCCAGUCCCCUUCGCCGAGCGCCGAGCUAUCCUGCACUUAAAUACUUUCCAGCCGACGCGGCACAAACAACAGCAACAAGAAACAUUGGGAAUAGACGUCCACCUUCUCUCCAGCAGUAACAAGCAAUAACUCUUCAUCUCUCCUCCCUUUGUGACCGUCCAAAAAGAAGCAUAGUCAUGUUUUAUUUUUUUCUUUGUACAUACAAAUAGCUUAAUAAAUUAAUGUUAACGAUGACGAAAGGUAGAGCUCACGGAUAGAACUUUUGCCUCUGUUGCUGACUUGUGUUUAUAGUGCAUUUGAAAGUACAUAUAUGGAAGCGCGGUGUGCGUGGCUUGGAAACUUAAUUACUUUUUGCUGGUUGACAUCCUUCAAGUUACUUAUUUUGUUGUCGUCUGGUGCUGUGCAAGGUGACGGGAUGGAGGCUGCAGUUUUAAUUUAUUACAUGUGAUAAUCUCUUGGAGUGUGCGUGUGUGUGUGAAUGUGCGCGUUUGCGUGUAUGGCAUUCCACUGGUGGUCAGGUGAUCCCUAGUUUCGGGGAAAAGAAACGGGUUGUCAAAGUUAGCCAUCCCAUCCCCGCUGGCAUUAAGAAUUGCACUUCGCCCACUGUUUUUGUUUUCUUUUCCGCCCUCAUAACAUCUUUUGAAUAUUUAUUUCACCAUCUCUCAGAACAGACGUCACGAGGGAAAGUAACUUAUUUUCGUCCUGUCUUACUUUGACUUCGCUUAUUCCUCAUUAUUUUUACAAAAUAUGUAUUUUGUUUUAUUGGUCUUUCGGGGAUAACAAUGUAGCCAUUUUCUUUUGCUUUUGAUGUUUAUUCGACGGACACUUGAAAUGUAAACGGCCCCAAAGCUGCUCCUAGUUGCUGAGCCUGUUUCGACUCUGGAGGUUGACCCCCUUACCCCACCACUACCAGCCCCACGCUAUGUACUAAGUGCGGCCUGCCGACCAGUGGUGUAUAUUUUGUGUGUGAGGGUGGCGGGUCAUCGCCACGGGCAUAUGCUGAGCCAGCUACUACCCAAAGUGGGGUCGAUCAAAAACGCCACUGUCCUCUUCUUAGAGGAUUGUACUAUUAACUAGAUUUUUAUCUUUUUAGUUGAUAACACGUGUCUUACAUUUACAACACCUCCAUAAGGGGAUUCAACAGAGAAACGAGAAGAGUUGGACUUGUUGGCCCUGAUUCAGAAAGUGACCACUGGUGCUCCAGCUUACAAACAGAAAUGCCAAAACCACGUCAGAACACCUCUGUGUCCUCUCUCUCUCUUCCUUUCUGUUUUGUCUGAGGGACAGUUUACAUUGAUUCUGCCCCCUUGAGACUUUUGAGCCAUUUUCGUUUCCAUUUGCUUCUCACGUUGCUUCGACAAACCUGUGCUGUGUCACGCCUGCGUAAAAGCUGACGGCGAAAGCUACAAGGUGUCGGAAAGGCUUUACUGAUGUCACAAAAAAUUGAAUUUCUAACUUUUAAGUUUGUCGUUCAAUGCACUGAAAGAGGCCCACUUGACUAGCAACUUCUUGGCUGUGUGAUAGUUUCCUUCUUAGACUCAAGGUCAUCAGGGAACCCAACACAAAUACAUGAAAGGCAUUAAGAUGGCCUUGAUGAAAGCACUCCCUGAGCGUGUGUUACACUCCGGAGGUUGACAAGACAAGACAAAACUUAUAUUUCUGGGUCAAAAUAACAUACAGUGGGGCAAAUAAGUAUUUAGUCAACCACUAAUUGUGCAAGUUCUCCCACUUGAAAAUAUUAGAGAGGCCUGUAAUUGUCAACAUGGGUAAACCUCA